AUGUCAUCAGCCUCGCCCGCUCCCUUGUCAUCGGAGCCUUCUGAUGAGCUCUUGGGGCCUGCUUCGCCUGGUUCUCCCGUUCCCGCGAAGCGCAUAUUAGAUCGCUGGAGGCAGAAGGUGUACAGCACAGCGAGUGGGGUGAAGGAUGAAUUCGACUGCUUUAUUUAUAUAAGUAAUUUGAAGUCCUCUAAUGGCCUGGUUCUGACGAUACUUCGCAGGGCUCACAGGUUGGGAUUGGACAACAAACGGCCUUACAGUGGUGGCUUUAACCGACGCAGCGAGAGAAUUUCCCCCCUCUACCGUAUGGCUAUUGACAUAUUCUGCAUCCCCUCCAUGUCUACGGAAGCAGAGCGAAUCUUCUCAGGCGCAAAACGACAGGUUAGAUGGGAUAGAAGUAGGAUGUCUGCCAAAAUGGUAGAGGCAUGUGAGUGCAUUAAAAGUUGGAUAAGUGUUCCAAAGGGAAAGAGCAGGCCGCUCCUUGCAGGGGUGUUUAGAGAAGCGGAGGAUAUCGACGCGGCUGUAAGGAUACUCGAUACUCCAAGAAGAUAUAGAGAUGAGUAA